AUGGCGGCGAUAUUCUCUCUCCUCCUCCUCCUCCUCCUCCCCCUCCCAUCUCUCUCCGCCAGCUCACCGUCCCCCUAUCUCUCCGGCGCCACUCUUGUCCAGAAUUACCAAAACAUGCUCAAAGCUUUCAAGAUUUUCAUCUACACACCUCCUACACCCUUCAAUUUCCCCGACGCCCCCGCUUCUCUCUUCUACAACUCCCUCCUACGCAGCCCAUUUCUCACCCAUACCCCCGCUGAAGCCCACCUCUUCUUCGUCCCCUUCUCCCCCGACACCUCCACUCGCUCUUUGGCUCGACUUAUCAGACAACUCAGAAACAACCACCCCUACUGGAACCGCACUCUCGGAGCUGAUCAUUUCUUUCUCUCGCCUGCUGGUAUUGACUAUUCAUCCGACAGGAAUGUUCUCGAGCUCAAGAAAAAUUCCCUUCAGAUUUCCGUUUUUCCCGUUACUUCCGGUUAUUUUAUCCCGCAUAAAGACAUUACUUUGCCUCCCUUUAACCCAUCCCCGCUUCCGCUUUCCGACACCCCGGGCCAAAACUCAACCAAGACUUCUUUUCUGGGUUACCUGAGAUGGGAUGGAAAGACGGAGCCCAAUUUGGUCAACGAAUUCAAGGGGGAUGCUUAUUUCUUGGUCGACGGAAACUCCGAGCCGUUGAAUUAUGUCCGGAGCCUUAAAGAAAGUAAGUUCUGUUUGUUUCUUUACCAUGGCGAUGUAGCGUGGAUGGUGGAGGCGAUGGCUUGGGGCUGCGUGCCGGUGGUGAUUGUGGAUCGCCCGAUUCAGGACUUUCCAUUUAUGGAUAUUUUGAGAUGGUCCGACAUGAGUUUGCUGGUUGCGGUGCGGCAUGGGGGCGCUGAGCGGCUGAAGCAAUUGUUGAAUGGGGUGAGUGAGGAGCAGUAUGUGGAGAUGAGAGAAGCGUGUAUGGCGAGUAGUAAACAUUUGGUGUGGAAUGAGGAGGAGCCUCAGCCGUUGGAUGCUUUCCAUAUGGUGAUGUAUCAGCUGUGGCUGAGACGGCAUGCCAUUAGAUACGCACGGAGGGAGUUUGUUUAG